AUGUCGGAUAACGUGAAAAAGCCCAAACCGUCAAUUUUACUAUAUUUACUGCUUGCCGUCACUGUACUUGUGCUGCUAUGUGCUGCCACUAUUGCUUUUCUGGUUCUUGGGGGUCGAACUCCGGAACCAAUUCCUGUCGGGAAUGCCACAAGCUCCUCACUGUUCCUUGUUCCGAACGCAACUCAGUCCAGCAGUACUGUUAGUACCGCUCAAACUACCACACAAUCACCUGAUACUACUCGACGGCACCGGUUACGACCUACAACCCCCGCAACCACCAGGGCAUCAACGACGCUGACCGCAGCAGCCUCCACGCCGACGGUAAUUCAUUGCCAGGUGAUUGACAAGUGUUCAUUGGUCGUUGCCGAACGUGUCACCUGCCCGAAAACCAGAGACGAUGUGUUAGCCGUCUCGCCGUCUGCCCUCUCUCCACUACACUAUGCAUUGAAUUUGUCCGUGCAAACUGUUCAGCCUACCAUCACUCUCGAUGUGGACAGCAAACUUCGUAAUGUGGAAGAUAUUCGAGUGGUGAAUUGUGAUACGGGUGCUUCGCUAUGCGUGGCCAAGACAGUGUUCGAUCAACGAGAACAGCGACUUUCUCUAAUUCUCUUCGAAGAGCGUCCAAGCGAUUGCUCCACGAUGGAACCGAAACGCACCGAUCAUGGUGGGAACAUUGAUGUCUCAGGAUCAGCAAAGAGGCUCUCUUCCCAGGUCUAG